AUGCUUUCCAUGCAAGAGCUAAUGGAUAUGCGGAUGCAGCAGCAGCUGGCCCACGAGAUUUACCGCCAGCAGAUCAUGCAGCGCAUUCCAGAUCCCUUCCCAUCGAUGCUGCCUUUCAACAUGCCCCACCACCAGCAGCCGCAAAUGAUGCUGCCCAGCCGCCCCACCCUGCCCGGCGUGGAGGCCAAGUUGGAGAACAACGAUCUGUGGCAGCAGUUCCAUAAAAUCGGCACCGAGAUGAUCAUCACAAAGAGCGGCCGACGCAUGUUCCCCUCGAUGCGGGUUUCGCUCAGCGGAUUGGAGGAGGAGGCCAGCUAUUGCGUGCUCCUCGAGAUGGUGCCCAUUGGCGACUGUCGCUACAAGUUCUCCGGUUCCCAGUGGGUUCCGGCCGGAGGAGCCGAGCCCCAGAGCCCACAGAGGAUGUACCUGCAUCCGGAUAGCCCGGCCACCGGUGCCCAUUGGCAGUCCCAGGCACUGCUCUUCAACAAGGUCAAAUUGACCAACAAUACCCUGGACAGCAGCGGACAUAUCGUUUUGGCCAGCAUGCAUAAGUACCAGCCACGCCUGCACAUCAUCCGCAGCAGCGAGCUCACCCAGCUUCCUUGGGCUCCUCAGCAGGCGUUCGUUUUCCCGGAGACGGAGUUCGUAGCUGUCACGGCCUAUCAGAACGAUCGCAUAACCAAACUGAAGAUCGACAACAAUCCCUUCGCCAAGGGUUUCCGUGAGACGGGUCAGUCACGCUGCAAGAGGAAGAUGAACAGCAGUGGGAACUCCAGCCUGGAGUCGGAGGACGAUGGCUCCAGUGUGAGCAGCUGUGACUCUCCGCAGGCGAAGCGCCAGCGCCAGGACUUUGAGCAGGACUCAACGGGCAGCGUUUCCCCAGCUUAUUAUGGAGCACACCCAGCACCCAGCUCCAUGUCGCCGUAUCUCCGACAUCCCUUAAGCUAUGGACCCAGUGGAGCUCCCGGAUUGCCGACCAACUUUGCAGCUGCCUACUUUGGUGCAGUUCCUCCUCAGGUGCUACCAAUGCCACCAGCCACAUUUGUGCCCACUCCAGCUCCAGUUAGUCCUGUGGCAUCACAACCAGUUGGCUCCAGCACACCCACCACAUCACCAAGGCCUUCAACCUCCACCAAAAGAAAUAGCUUCAGCAUUUCAGCCAUUUUGGCCUAUUGAACAAAAUCAUAAAACAAUCUACUUAAGUUGGAGUCAUCUUCUGUUGUGAUUAGUGAGAAACGUGUGCAUAUACUCUGUAAGCUACUGUAUUCUACCUAUAAGAUCGUUUAAGAACCCUGCUGCAAUCGUAUACUUUGUUAAUUCGUUUUAAGUGUCUUUGGCCAAAAUAAACAAAUCUA